AUGGCAAGGCCGUUAAGCCCCCAAAUGUCAGCUCGAACGUCUCGAACCUUUUCGGUCGAGGUCCCGGGUACCAUCGAUCCUAGAGACCUACCUCUUCGCCAACUCAAUGAUGAUGCCGCCUUUGAGGAGUACACGGAGGAGACGGCGGACGGCCAGAUCACCAGGCCUGUUCGAUCGAACGUCACGGGGAAGAUUGAAGACUACGAGCUUGUCACUUUCAAAGUUGGCGAUCCAGAGAACCCGAAAAAUUGGAGCAAGGCGUACAAAUGGUAUUAUACCAUGGUAGUUGCGUUUACUUGCUUCGUGGUGGCCUUUGCGAGCAGUGUCAUUACGGCGGAUCUGAUCGGAGUUGAGAAGGAAUUUGGUGUUUCUGAAGAAGUAUCCCUUUUAACGAUCACCUUGUUCGUUAUUGGUUUCGGUGUUGGUACGAAUCCCUGCUAUUUCUCUCCAGGACCUAUGGCAUUUGCCCCCUUGUCUGAGAUGGUUGGUCGAAAACCUGUAUACGUCGUGACAAUGUUUAUUGCCGUGGUAUUUCUGAUUCCGUGUGCCGUAGCGGAAAACAUUGGCACCCUUUUGGCCUGCCGUGCCAUCGAUGGCAUUGCAUUCAGUGCACCCAUGACUUUAGUAGGUGGCACACUUGCAGACAUGUGGCGCAACGAAGAGAGAGGUGUUCCCAUGGCUGCGUUUAGCGCUGCACCAUUUAUUGGACCGGCCAUUGGUCCUCUUGUUGGUGGCUUCUUGGGCGAUCACAAGGGAUGGAGAUGGCUCUAUUGGAUUCAGCUUAUCAUGUCCGGCGUUGUAUUCGCCCUGCUGGCGUUUACUAUGCCGGAGACCUACACACCAACCCUCCUUGCGAAACGAGCCAAAAAAAUGCGAAAAGAGACUGGAAAUACAAAGUACGUCACGGAGCAAGAUUUGGACUCGCGGCCUAUGGGCCAAAAGAUGCGCAUUUUCCUUAUCCGACCGUUUCAACUCCUGUUUCUGGAGUUGAUUGUUUUCCUUCUUUCCAUCUACAUGUCCAUUCUAUACGGCCUCCUCUAUAUGUUUUUCGUCGCGUAUCCAAUCGUCUAUCAAAUCGGAAAAGGGUACUCUGCGAGUAUCACGGGUCUCAUGUUUAUUCCGCUGGCUAUUGGCGUGCUCCUCAGCGCCAUUUGCGCGCCAUUUGUGAACAAGCAUUAUCUAUCGAUAUGUGCCAAAUAUAACGGAAAACCACCGCCAGAGAUGCGUUUAAUCCCGAUGAUGCUGUCGUGCUGGUUCGUCCCUAUUGGGCUGUUUAUCUUCGCAUGGACGUCAUAUCCUGAUGUCCACUGGCUGGGGCCAGCCAUGGGAGGGUUCCCAGUCGGGUUCGGGUUCAUCUUCUUGUACAACUCUUGCAAUAACUAUCUGGUUGAUACAUAUCAACACCAGGCAGCAUCUGCUCUUGCGGCGAAAACGUUCUUGCGAUCCAUGUGGGGCGCGUCGGUUGUGCUGUUCACCAACCAGAUGUAUAAUCGCAUGGGCUACCAGUGGGCCAGCACGUUCCUUGCGUUCCUGGCACUAGCCUGCUGCGCGAUUCCAUUCCUGUUUUACUACAAGGGGGAGGCUAUUCGACGCUACUCCAAAUUCGCAUAUGCCGGUGAUGAAGAAGAGGCGGCAGCGACAGAGAAAAAGUAA